AUGGCCUCUGACCCCAAGUUGCGCCGCCGGGCCAGCAGCGCGGCCACACGCAACGGCCGCCACGCCGGUGGUACGUCCCGGCAGGUAAUCAAGCCCAAAUCAGCACACACAGCCGACGAAUUUGCGCAAGACUUCCUAGGGCCAUCCUUCGACGCCGCCGCCUUCCUCAACACCAAGCUGCCGCCGCUAGCCGCACCAUCUAGGCCGAGCGCCGUCUCUGCCUCGUCGUCAACGACGGCGGUGCCGCUGGCGGACCUCGCGCAGCAAGCCGGCGCGCUGGUCUCGCAGCUCAACGCGCAGACGACGCGCCUGUCUUCGGCGCUAACGCAGCUCACCGACGACAUCCUGCGCAGCGGGAGCCGGCUUGCGUACGAGGUCGAGCUGCUGCGCGGCGAGACGCUUGGCCUGAGCGAGACUAUGCGCGAGACGCUACGGGAUGAUAUUGCCAAGUUCUUACCCGAGGGUGCGCAGCGGGGCGAGGAGGGAGGAGGCGAGUCGCGAAUGGCAGUAGGAGAGGGGGAUGAUGAGGAUACGGUGAAGGUCGCAGAAGAGGCCACUGAGUUACCUCUACCGGCGGCGAAGGAGGCAUACAACGCCGGCGACGAGCCGAUCUACGUACAGCAGCUACGGACUCUGACGCUCGUACGGUCGCGCAUAGAGACGGUGGUCAAGACAUUUGGCGACGCCAUGGAUUUCGGCUUCCCCCCGUCCGAGGUCUCCGUCAGCUCCUCCUUCCUCUCCGUGUCCGCGCCAGAGCCGGGCUCCCAGCAGCAAAGCUCGGAGGAACGCGGCCAGCAGAACCUCAAGAAGCUUCGUGACGAGAUAGGCAACCUAUUGCGCCCGCCGCCGACCAAGGACGGCGUUGCCGACCCUGUCGCCGGUAUCGAGCAGGCCGCCAACCGCAUCGAGGAGCUCAAGGAGCUCAACGGCGUUUGGAAGGGUACCGCGGAAGAGAAGGGCCGCGCGAAGUUUAUUGAGAGUCUAGCCAAGAUGGUUGAAGAUAGACACAAAGAGCUGAUGCGCGAGCUGGACCAGCAGCAGCAGCAGCAGCGCGGGGCGGCGGCCUCGCCGGCGAAGAAGGCGGCGGCAGCGGAGGGCGCAACGAGACGGACGGGAUCUCCGGCUCUCGGGGAUGAGGCGAAGCCAACGCAACCGCCGGGUGGAUUCGGGCUGAUUAGCCAGCUACAAAAAUUACGGAGUGGACUGUAA